CGCAGUGAUUCCUGCUGCUGUCGGGAGGCCUCCAGCCCGGCUUCAGGUAAAGCAGUGCCAAGUGCAACUUAAUGACUGAGUAAAUUCCUGGCCGCUAUUAAGAUGGCUGCUACAAUAGUACAUGAUACCUCGGAGGCCGUGGAACUGUUUGCCCCACAGGGUUUAUUCCUGAAGCCAAUCGCUAAGCUGACUCUUAGCGUGUCCCUUCCUCAGCUGAAACAGCCAGGAAAGUCUAUAUCAAACUGGGAGGUGAUGGAGAGACUCAAGUACAUGGUUCACCCUGAGCAGUUCGCUACACUUCGUGUGUCCAAGAGCACGAUGGAUUUUGUUCGCUUCGAAGGGGAGGUUGAAAACAAGAACAUGGUGAAAGCCUUCCUGUCCAAACUGGAUGCCAAGACCAUUAAACUCAGUGGCUUCACGGACACCUUAAAAGUGCGAGCAGCUGAGGUUAAAAUAGACUUCCCGACCCGUCACGAUUGGGACUCUUUCUUCCGGGAUGCCAAGGACAUAAACGAGACUUUACCAGGUGAGAGGCCGGACACCAUACAUCUGGAGGGGCUGCCAUGUAAGUGGUUUGCCCUGAAGAACUCCAGUUCAGAGAAGCCAAGUGAUUUCAUCCUGCGCAAGGUGUUUGAAACCUUCGGGGAGAUCCGAAACGUGGACAUCCCAAUGCUGGACCCUUACAGAGAGGAGAUGACUGGGAAGAACUUUCACACCUUCAGCUUUGGCGGUCACUUGAACUUUGAAGCAUACGUACAGUACCAGGAAUACAUAGGAUUUGUGAAGGCAAUGGAUGCCCUGAGGGGAAUGAAACUGCUGUACAAAGGGGAUGAUGCCAAGGCCGUGGCCUGCAGCAUAAAGGUGACGUUUGACACAACAAAGCACCUGAGUGAUGCUUCUAUCAGGAGGAGACAGCUGGAGAGACAGAAGCUGCAGGAGCUGGAACUGCAGCGAGAAGAGCAGAAACGCCGGGAGAAAGAGGAAGAGGAGCGAAAAAAGGAGGAAGAAAGGAAGCAGAAAGAGUUGGAUGAGCAGGAGCGAGAGAAGAAGAGGGAAGAAAAGGUCAGAAAGAGGGAACAGAAGCAGAAGGAGCGCGAGGAGAGAAGGAAUAUGCGGAAACUGCAACGGGAGGAGCAGAAAAGGCUGCAGGAGAAAAUUGCCCUGGAAGAAAGAAAACUCCUGUUGGCGCAGAGGAACCUACAGUCCAUCCGACUUAUUGCAGAGCUGCUGAGUAGAGCCAAGGUUGGGAAACAGCAGGAGCUGGAGGCACGCGAAGCAGAAGCAGCUCGGCUGCACCAGAUGGAAGAAAAGCGCCGGCAGCAAGAGGCCGAGCUCAAGCGAGUGGAGGAAGAGAAAGAGCGAGUGGUAGAGCUCCAACAGAAGGAGAAGGAAUUGAGGGAGAAACUGCUGGAAAACCUGAAACGAAAGGAAGAAGGUGAGAGCCAGCAGAGCAGAGCGGAGCCAAAUUUGUGCCCCAGGGACCAGGUAGCUGUGAAUGCAAUUGUGAGUGUGUGUCCAGCAUUGGGAACAACCACUGUCUCUGCUGCACCAGCUGCUACCAGUCAGCUUGCAUGCACUGGUGCUCUUGCCCAUGGCAAGAAAGUGUCACUCAGUCAGGACAUCAAUGGAAAGCCAGAUGCACCUGAAAGAUCCAGCAGUGAUUUGGACCAAAUGCAGGGACAAAGAGAUAUUAACAACGCUGCUGUUCAGAGUGCAUGCAAGUCUGCCCAGGAUGAGCAGCACGUAACUGUGUUAUCUAAAAGUCAAGGGUGUUCUCUGCAGGAGUGCAGUAGUAAAAAAGGUAAAUACCAAAAUGGCCCCAGCCAUGAAGGAAAAGAGCUUCAAACCAACCCCGUCAAAGUUGAAAGCAACCAAAUCCAGAAGGACUUGAAAAGGGCACACAAAUCCCGUAAGAGCAGCACGAGCAGUGAGCGUAGUAGAAACUGGAGGGACUCGAGUAGUGAUGGCAGCUGCCAUCAAAGGGAAUGGAGCCGGCACCAGGGCCGCUCAAGGAAGGAUAGUGUCCGGCACGGUAGGGACUCGAGCAGGGAGCAAAGCCGAAACUGGCGAGACUCCAGCAAUGAGCUGAGCCGCAGUCGGCGAGACAUGAGCCGCGAGCGGAAGCGGCACCAGAGGAACGUGAGCAAGGAGCUGGUCCGCGUCCAGAAGGGUUCCAGCAGAGAGCGGAGCAGCCAGCGGAAUCUGAGCAAGGAGCGGAGCCAGCGGCGGGGGGUGAGUGGCGAGCGGAACCGUCACCGGAAAAGCUCGAGCAGGGAGCGCAGCCGUCAUCGUAGGGACUCCAGCAGGGAACGCAGCCAUUAUAGGGACUCCAACAAAGGACACAGCCGCCAUCGGAGGUAGUCAAGCCCACCACCUGGCUGGCUAUCAUCACAGGUGAAGCCAGAGACCAGCAGAGUCAACAACAUAAGUCAAAUCAGUGGUUCAUGCACCUCUUGAGCACAUUAGUUAGCAAACGUAACAUAGUACUGAAUGCUCAAUGUAACAAUUCAAAUUUAAUCAGGAAAGACAAAUAUCACUCUGACUGGAAAGUUUCUGUUGAAGAAGUCUCCUUUUUUCUGGUGAAAAGAGGAGAAACAUAGGAAAGUAAACAAUCUCAGAUACCAAAAAUUAGAUUCUAACUUUGGGCACAACCAGAUGUCACCACGCUUCACAAAACCUGAGCACAAUUACUCCAUUGUUUAGCAUGUAAAAUGUUUGUUAUUCCAAUACUAAAUUUCCCUGGUAAUUUCCCAAACAUUAUGUUUUGACUGCUGAUUAUUAUUGCAAAGCAGGAUUAAGGAAAUGUUCAGAGUGGGAUAUAUAACACGUUAUGUGUAUACCAUAUACUUUACAAUGCAAAUCCUCAUCGGUUGGUUCUGUACCGCAUACAGUGGAUAGUCUGAGUAUGCAAUGGGGGCACCAUGAAAUUCUUGUUUCAAGGGAAUGUCAGUGCUGGAAAUUUUCAGACGGGAGGAUCUGCAACUCCUCGCAAAAACCUUAAAAUCCCAUUUUCCCUGACUUCCUUCAGCAAUCAUUGCUACAAGGUGUCGACUUUACCUUGGUAGUUUGGCCACUCUCUAGUAUCAUAGUAGUCCCAGCAAAGACCCAUUGACACAAGGGGGAAAUCUUCUGAAGUUGAAUUAGGAGAAGAGGCUGCAUUGGGAAGAUAUAGUGGUUAGUUACGAGGAUCUUUUUCAGGGCAAGUGCACUUAGCACAUGUAAGAGCUGGCCAUCACACAGUCGAAGGAGCAGGGAAAAGCCUUGAGGUUUCUGAUGCAAACUCUCCCUAUUUCCUUUCGGAUGGGGUAGCAGAUGUUUAGAAGGAAAGCCGGGGUGUUUCUGAAUAGACAGACUUUAUAGGGGUUGUCUUAACUGUUUUUCAACACCCCUGGUGAAUCCAUAGUUCUGUAAGUGAUUCAAAUCGAUUUGGGAAAGCUUCAGAUCAUCUCCAGAGAAAGGGACACUACUAGGUGGAUGCCAUCAUAGCCUGUCGCAUCUGUGUAAUAUAUUAGAAGCCUGAAUCACAAGCCUGAAACGGGCACAUUUUCUGUAUUGCCAGCCAAAGCAACUCCCUGCACAAUGCAGGAAUGUGUGGCCCAACUUUUGAAAAGCUGCUAUGUAUCCUGCACAUAAAGUCCAGUUAAGAUAAAUUUUGUCUAUUCGAAUAUUUGAUUGCAGUUAUCUGGCACCAUGUGAGAAGAAUGCUAGUGCUGAGAAAACUGAUUACCCCUGUAGGGCCCUCCAGUGAGCCAAGUUGGCUGGUCAGUCAUGGCAUCUGUCUGCCAGAGGAUUAUCUCUGCCAUGUGUGCCACUUUGAGGCUAACAUUACCCCAAGGAAACUUAUUUGCCCAACCCCAGACUGUUUGGCGAAUUAAGAAUAUUGCACAAGUUUAUUAUGCAAACUUGAGGUAUAAGCGCGAUUUUAUUCUCCUCCAUAAUACAACACAUUGAUAAUCCAUACGUUAAAUCUGCCUGAUGACAGCAUUGAAAUUUGUUUUCAUGACUUCUUCAGUACUUAAACAUAAAAACUAUCCACAGAGUUAACAGGUUCCACCGGGGUGACAUUGGGAACCGUGCACUUUUUAAAAUUUCUUUAGGUUCAUAUAUCCUGUUUUCAACAAGUACCCAUACCCCUACUGUAUGCUUUGGCUUCUGCCAAUGUCAAUCUGUAGCUAACACUUAGAAAGUAUAUAAGUGGCAAAGCCAAUAGGAGAUUUGGAGCCAAGAUGGACAAGUUAGGGUAUUAGACAAACGAGCUUCAGUAGGCUUUUUUCCCUUUAAAGAAUUUACUUGUGCUCUCAAGAAACCAAACUUACGUUUAUAGUCUCAUCAUAUCUCAAAGUUGCUUAACUUGAGAUGUUUUAGUUCAAACUGAAGUUGUGCAAAAGCAGCUCCAGCGCUGUUAUUUAAAUCACUUAGUUCAAAUUACUGGAAAAUUUGAAUAUUUUAAGGGCAAAAAAAGUACUUUGCAUUAACAGCAGUGUUCUCCUUUCAAACCUUUAAUAGAAUGUCUCGAGUCAUUUUAUAAUUAGAGGUCAAAUCCAAAGGAAACUAAUAAGGAUAUAAGUAUGAGCCAAGGGUCGGUCAUAUGGUCCCUUCAAUCUUUCGCUGUCAUUAAUUAGGAUGAUAGCUAAUAUUCUACUUCAACUCCACUUUUUUGCCCUUUCCCUAUAUCUCUUGAUUCCCUUGAUACUCCCAAAAUCAAGCAAUCUCACUUUGAAUAUACUCAACGACACGCAUCCAAAGCCCUUUGAGACAGUGAAUUCUGAAGAAUCACAGUCCUCUGAGUGAAGAAAUUUCUUCUCAUCUAAAUGGUUGACACCAUAUCCUGAGACUAUGACCCCUAAAACAGCCUCUCAAUAUCUCCGAAGAAGCUGCCAAUAGAUGCCUUCAGAAUUAGAUUUUGAGCAGGCUUCAGAAGAUUGGAAGGUACAUAGCAAAACCAAGAGAUUUGGGAAAUUCAGGACAUGUUGGAAAGAUGGCUAAAUAAUGUACUGCCAAUGGUAGGAUAGGAGUUUAGGCGUAGAGCACAGUGUACCAGAAUUGGUAAAACAGAGAAUGUAGACAAGGAACUGGAGCUGAAGAAGGUUGUAUAGGUAGGAAGAAAAAAGGCCAUGAAGUAAUUCUGCUGAGAUUUUGAACUUGAAUGAGGGAUUGGGGGCUAAUGCUUGUUGCCAAGAAGAGAGGAGAUAAGUAUGACUUGUAUGGGAUAGGGUACAAGUUGUGUAGUUCAAGAUGAAUCGUCAUUAUUACGCUAUAGCUAGACUAAUGGGAAAAGCAGAGUGGGAAUGGGCAACCCAGUUUCUGCUGUGUUCAACUUGGGAGAUGAGACUCUUUGCAUUUUCUGCAGGAGUACCUAUUACAGAAAAAAUGAGAUCUAGCAUCUAAUGUAACCGUGAAAUGAACUCUUGCCCUUGCUUCCAGUUGCUGGGUCCAGCAUGGACUCAAUGGGACGAAUGGCCACCUUCUGUGCCGUAAUGACGCUAUGUCAUGUUUAGAACACAGUGUUCAAAGGCAUUAUACAAGUGCAAGGCUGCAUUUAAGAACACUUAGGCCUUGCAAACCAUGAUGUUGUCUAGGAGAAUGCUGUUGUAUGUGCUAAUUGCAAAUGUGUUUUGCUAUGUUAGACUACAUGAAAUUCUGCUUAAAAGGAUUUAAAUUCCAACUGUGUGUCCAACAGGAACUUGGUUUCUAAUUCAUCCUGUGUACUUUUGAGAGAGAAUUUAAUUUCAGUGAAACACUCUACUUCUACAUUAAGGGGACCAAAAUCACCAGGACAUCCUCUUUAAAAUGUAUGUCCCAUGCAAAUAAAGCUGAAUGUGAGCUAUAAUAAAGGGUGUCCUGCUAUUUGGUGCAGUAGAUAUUGAUUUGCUGCAUCUGAUAUGUCCAUGUGAUCUGAUGAUUUAACUUUAUGUUGUAUACAGGGCAAUCCCAUGGAAUAGCCCCAAACUUUUUAAAAAUCAUCUUUAUUAUUAUUUUGUCAACCUUGUCACAAAUUUUACAGCUUACAGCAAACAAUUCUGGAUACGUCUUCUACUAAGAAAGCGGAUCAUCCCUCUCCUUAUUGGUUUGUACUUCCAUAGGCUACAUAUUGUAUAGUAUAUCAAAAUCAAUGGGUACCUACUGGUAGGUGUGUCACUGGUAGGUGUGCCAUGAGACUGGUGUUAACAUUAAGAUAAUGGACUGACAAUAUAAUUGGUGUAAGUAUCUUCUGGUCAGAAAAAACUAAAGAUGAACAUUUUUAGGGGCCUUGAAACUGCAAGAAGGAGCCAUAGUAAAUUGAUAUUAGAUACUCGCUUUUUAAAGUAAUGUUUCUCCUGCAUCAUCUUGAUCUUCCCAUACUGUCCAUAUCCAUGAUGGUGAGUAAUCUGUGAGAGAAUGAGUUUGAGGUCACUUGGAGAGAUUAGGCAGCGCAAGAGUUAAAUGACCCUACACUUUUUGGCCAAAAAGAAACUGAACUGUGCUGAUUUCUGGCAACUGGAAGUAGAGCCUAGAUUUUAAAAUGUUCUUCCCUAAUUCGAACAGAGGAGAAAUAAAAAUAAUGUAUAGACCUGCUUUUUCAAUAUUAAACUACAAUCCAGCAAAACCUAAUGUGGAAAAAUUUUAAAAGAGAAUGGUGGUUGAUUAUAUUUCAACAGUUUACAAAAGUUUGUUACUCCCACAGACAUAGAAAGAGACAAGGCUGUAUAGACAGCUGAGCCUCAGUGUUCGUUUCCUCUGUCUUUAGUGACAAUAAUAAGUUUUCGCAGUAACAAGGCCACUUGUGGUAAUACACCUAACAGAAGGCAGCAGUCAGUCUAAAGCAGUGUAUUUUUGCUGAACAGUAAAUUUAGAGCAAAACUUCAACUCUUGCGAUGCCUAAUCCCUCAAAACUCUCAUAAGCCCAUAUUCUUGCAUCUCCUAGCAUUCAGCCAAUGCUUCGCCAUAAUUCAACAUCGUGUAACAGGAGCUGGACAAGAAUGGCCCUGAUAUGGCUUUCUCCAGCUUUCCUUCUACUUGUCGCUUCCCCAUUGCCAUGUGGCUGAAAUCUGUUACUCCAUGUGCUGGGAUGGGUGAGGUGGAGGAUACGGGCAGAAACAUGCAUCUCAUCCCUCUAGUCAUCAGGUACACCACCCAAACUGAUGGUUUAUUUAAGGAUAUGAAUUCCUGUGCUUGAGUUGCUGUAAUGCUUGUUUGAUUCCUUCUGGUAUGAAGAGACCAACUUCAUUCAAAGAAUGAGGAGAGUUGCAAUGUGGAUAAGUUGAACCCAAUCCUUUAAACUCCAGUAUAACAGAUGCAUCCUUAAACAGCUUUGAAACGUUGAAAUCCUUACUUCUAAUCAAUUACAAUGUCAAAGUAUCAGUGACCUUAAUUCCCAAUCAGAUCGUUCUGAAAGAUCAGUAUUAGACUUUUCAAAGUCUAAAUAAACUACAAAAUUAGUCUAUCACCUGGCAGAAUGGUUCAGAACAUGUAGAAAACUGAAUCAAAUAAGGUAUGCAAAAAGAAAAAUGUGUCGUCUAAUUAAUGGGCAAGAAGGUCACAACACAAUUCUUGAUGGCUGUUGUCCCUGGCUGAAUCAGAGGUUAUACUUUAAAUAAUUUUCAAUAAUUCUUUAGUGCCAAAAUAAUAUAUUGAGCAUUGAGAGGUUUUCUUUUAAAAUACCCUCGUCCCUGUUUUUAUUUUGUAUGGAAACCUUGGCAAGCGCUUUAGUGCACCGUCUCAUUUGCAGUGUUGUGCAUGUUCUGUCCUAUGUAAAACUCUUCAUUUGAAGUUGUGGGAAUAAAUACUGUUAAUUUCCAGUUGACACCUUACCGUCAUUUGCUGACUUCCAAAUGUGUAUGCUCUUUUGUUUCGUUCCAUCAGAUUGAUUGAAAUUGUCCUGUAUUUAUUUUGAGUUUUUUUUCCACACAUGAUUGUCAAUGGUUUGUAACCUCCAGUAAAUAAAAGGUUGUUUUUGAAA